GGUACACACGGAUGCCCAUCUCAUCUCGAUGUGCAGACGAAAGGCUGGAAGGAUGCUACUUUUUAGGACUUUUACUUUUCGUGCGUGACAAAAUGCAUCCUUGAGUGGAAGGAAGAUGUGUGGUUGAACCGAGGCUAAGGCUUUUCUGCUAGUUGGAGUCUGGAGAUCACCGUGAAAAGUCGUGCUUAGGGUGGCAAAAUUGUGUUUUUCCUUGCUGACCGUAGUCUGCAUUUUCUUUGUUGGGUAGUGAAGGAAUGUCUGUGGGAGCAAUGUUGCUGAAAAUGAUUGCAGGAGCUGGAAAUAUCGAGAUGAUGAGAUAAGUGACACGAAUACCAAGGACAUGUGAAUAUUUGGCAGUCGAAUCCCAGUCUGCAUUGACAAAAAUUUAUAAAAACUGGCGUAGCGUGUGGAUAAUUGAUAGGGAUAUGAAGAAAAACUCGUAACAAAGUUGUGAAUCUUGAAUGAAGCUGUACAACGGUCUCCCAAUAGUCUCAAGGGCAAUGAAUGCGGAAAUUUCUUUCGGAUAGAUGGAGAAAAAAAUACUGCUCUCGUUUGGGACGUGAUAAUAUUCGAUUGAAAUCGAGUGUGUGUAUUUUGUUUUCCACUCAACGUCGAUUACACACUGUAUCUAGUAUUUACAUUAUCCUUGAGUGUGUACUUUCCCACUGCGGGAAACAGAUUCGCGAGCGAAGUGGUGCAGAAGGGAGCAAGGACCUUGCCACGGUGGAUACGCCUGAUAAACUCUCGCCGGAGAUCACACAUGACUAAAACGCGAACCAUGCCAAAAGAGGUAGACUACCGCACGUUGAUAGCCCGAGGUAGCCCGUUGGGAGCAUCGCACAGCUUCAAGAUACCCUCACGUAGAGCGCGAUUCAAACUAGCACUGGUUCUAACCGGUGUACUACUUGUAUUUUUGUACAGCAUCAGUCUACCGUCAUGGAUCUACGGUGGAGGAACGGGGAAUCCCUACUGGGAGGAAGCCUAUCUGACGAAGGAUGAGGAACAGCACUUCAACUACAACAGCUCUUAUUUCGUUAAUACGCCAGGCUGUAAGAUGCCCAGUCUGCCUAUCAUGGACGAAAACAUCCAGAAGUUUGUUCAGAAGGUUGACCCUCUCAACUGUACUCCGGCGUUGAUCCAAAGCGAUGCCACUUCCAUUUGGUUUCAGUUGAACGAGGACGACGUUGAGAGAUACUACAAUCUGACAAAUGCCAGCAUGAUCGAGUGCUGCUAUAGGCCGUUCGAGCGCAAGUCGAACAACGGUGUUCGAAUCGUUGGACAGGAGAAUUGUUUCGAAUAUGGCGAACGGAUGGAAAUAAGCUGUGAAUUCAUAGCGGUCAUCUGUACGCAUCCCAGUAGGCAGAAUGUUAUAUUCUACCGGGAUUACUUUGCAUUUGUUGCGUUGAAACCAGCGGUUGAAGAACGAUGUGAAAAGACAAGAAAUGAUCUGAAGUCUAAAAACUUGAUAAACGACGAUAAACUUAGUGUUAUGAUCCUGGGUAUAGAUAGUGUUUCACGAUUGAACUUUCACCGACAGAUGCGACAAACCGCAGAGUUUGUGAUCGAUCGACUGAAAGCUGUUGAGAUGUUCGGUUACAACAAAGUGGGUGACAAUACUUACCCUAAUUUGGUACCAGUGUUAACAGGACUGGACGUAGAAGAACUGUCAGCUGUCUGUCUUCCAAACUCGAACAGUACCUUCGACUUGUGUCCCUUCAUAUGGCACACAUUUGCGGAUGCUGGUUAUCGCACCUUCUACUCGGAGGACUCUAGCACUCUGGAGACUUUCAACUACCUGAAGAAGGGCUUCCACGAACAACCCACAGAUUACUAUCUGAGGAGUUUCUAUCGACAAGCAGAUUCGUCGAUCGGGUAUAAUAAAAAGGUGAACGCUAAGCUUUGUCUUGGGGGCAGAAAUCCAACCCAGAUAUUGGUAGAAUAUGCUAAGAAAAUAGUAACGGUAAUGAAGGAUCGACUUAGCUUUUCGCUGCUUUGGGCCUGUACGAUGACCCACGAUUUGCUGAACUAUCCCGUAUUAAUCGAUAAAGAUUAUAAAGAUUUGUUGGCCCAUAUGGAACAGCAAGGAUUCUUUGAGAAAACAGCCGUUGUAUUACUGAGUGACCAUGGGAUACGCUGGGGAAGUUAUCGUAACACAUAUCAGGGAAUGAUGGAAGAACGACAACCAUUUCUGUACAUUAUUCUUCCUGUGUGGUUCCAGCAGAAGUAUCCAACGGCCUACCGUAAUCUACGCAAGAAUAGACUACAGCUGACGUCUCAUUUCGAUCUUUACGAAACGCUCAAAGAUCUGGCCGAUUUAUCCUCACUGACCCCAACCAGCAUCAAGAAGCGAUCUUUCGAGUUGCUGGAAACGAAGCCCGUUCCCCGAGGGAUAAGUCUGUUUUUACCGAUCUCCCCGACACGCUCCUGUGAAGACGCCGGGAUUGCCUCACACUGGUGCACCUGCCACAAUCACCGACCAAUCGCUACGAACGAUUAUCGGGUGGUGGCGGUCACACGCUACACCGUGGACAGUUUGAAUCAAAUGCUGAAGAAACACCCCCAGUGCAGUGUUCUCCAUUUGUACACGAUCGAGGAUGCCAGUCUGGGUGUAUCGACGGAGGAAAUAAUUUCCAAAAAGCCGGUCAACCAGUUUAGUGACAUAAGUGUGCGGUUCGUGACGAAACCGGGUGGGGCGGAGUUCGAAGCGACCGUUAGAAUCGAUUCCUUCAAUCAGAGCACACUUACUGGUAGUGUCAGCAGGACGAAUCUCUACGGUAAACAGAGUUACUGUGUGGAUGAUUAUCGGAUGAAGUUGUAUUGUUUUUGUACUCGAUAGUUCUGGUGACAACAAGAGGAAGUGUUGCGGCAAAUCGUAUUUUCGUGAUGUAGUAGGUAGUAUUUGGAGUGGUGGAUUAGAGUAUACACGUUUCAAUCGGUUUGUCAAAAAAACUUCUAACAAUAAAAUGCCCGAAGGUGGUUCCGGUGUGUUUGCUUCCAUUGAAACGGAGAAUACGUUUAAUCGGAGAUACCAACGAUUUUUGAAUAAGUCUGUUAAUUAAUUCAUUUGGAUAAACUUUUCGUUUAUGUUAAU